AUGCUGAAUCCUAUUGAAGAAUGCUGGGCAAAAAUCAAGUUAGUAGUUCGCAAAACUCCACUUGGAAAGAACGAAAUGAUUGCUGAUAGAAUUGAAGAAGCAGCAAAAACAGUUACAGCAAAAAACUGUAGAUGUUGGAUUCGACAUUCCCAAAGACAAUUUCCAAAAUGUCGCAACAUGGAAAGGUUAUAA